UACUGAUGUGAUCCAGAACUGCUGCUUUAUCAUUACGGGAGGUUAUUGAUUAUUGAUCAGAUUUAUCAGAUAAUUCAGGAUCAUCAGUGUGUGAGUUUAUUAAAGAUUAAAUCAUGAGUUUAUUAACGAGAAUCAGAUCUUUAUUCACUGAUACAAAUCGAAUCAGAACUGAAGAUUCUCAGACUGAUCAACAAUCACUGCUCAAUCAUUUACCUGUGGAUCUGCAGUUCCUGAUCAUGACCUUCCUGCCCCCGGAGGAUCUGUGCAGACUGGGCGGUACCGCUCGUUACUGGCGCUCCAUGGUGAGAGACCCGCUGCUCUGGAGGUACUUUCUGAUUCGGGACGCCCCACGCUGGACCUCGGUGGAUCAUUUAUCCACCCCUCGAGGGGAGUUCCUGAGUGAGAGCGUGGGGGACGAGAUGGAGACGGAGAGAGGGAUGCUGGACUACAUGGCGGAGUAUCUGCGCUGUAGUCCUGCAUGUCGUUUCCGGCAGCCCCGCCCUCCUCCCUCGGCUCUGUCCUUCCUGUCUGGCUUUCUGGUGCCGGAGACGGAGCCCAGGUUCGCCAUGUUCGGCGCGGGGCUGGAGCAGCUGGACGAGUCGCUCGUUACCGUGAUGAUGAACUCACCACACGUUCUGGGUCUAGGAGGAAUCCCACAGCGACAAAUCAACGGUAUCGGAUCUGGGAUCAGUUUUAUUUACGGCGGGCAGCACAAAUUCAACAUCAUCACGUUAUACUCCACCAACAGGGCGGAGAGAGAGCGAGCUCGAGUGGACCGGUCAGCCGUCAGCAGUAAGAUCUUCAUCCAGGAGGACGACGACGGAUCGGGACGGCCGAGAAUCAGCGUCGCUCCUCAGAUACAGGAAGUGAUACGCGCCGUCAACGGCUUUAUUUACGUUGUCAACGCAGAACAGGAAGCAGUGAAGGUCAGGGAGGAUGAGUGGACGCAGAUCAUCGCCGUCUUGCAGCCAGAUUUUGGAUCCACGUCUCGGCCCCUCCUGGUUCUGUCCUGCAUCUCCAGAGAAGAAGAGAACCAGAGAACCAGCCCGAGCGUUUCAGUCGCUCAUCAGCUUCAGCUUCAUCUGCUGCCCAACCCCUGGAUGGUUCAGGACGUGGUGGCGGCGUCUCUGUCUGGACUGACGGACGGGAUGGACUGGUUACUGAGACACUCCGGGGUCCGACUGUAGAUGAUUUAUAACGAACGCCGCUGCAAUAUCAACAGCUGUGCAGAAGUUUUUGCACCCCUGGUCAGAAGAGAUCAUGUCUGGCAUUUGCAAAAUCAGCUCGUUAGGACUCGUUAGGACUCGUUAGACGGUUCUUAUUCAUGUUAUUGUUAUCAGAAACAACCACGGGCUUCUCAAAGCAACCAUAUAUCGUUUAACCAGGAGUGUCAGAACUCUUACAUACAGCUGAGUAGGUUCAUCAUGAUUCUGCACUAUUUUAAAUAGUUCAUACCAGUGUAAAUGUAAAUAUAUGUGUGUAUGUGAGAGUGUGUGUGUGUGUGCGUGUGUGUAAGUGUAGAGAAUAAAUAAACUUGUAAAUUCCUGUUUUAAAUGUAAACAACACAUGUAAAAACUGUGUAAAACAUAACAUUAAAACCACCUCCUUGUUUCUACA